CAAGAAAUCAGUACAUGCUGCUUUAAAGAAAGAAGACAGAGGAAAAGUUGGUUUUGCACCCAACAGAAGUCGACUGACAGAAAGAAAAAUAAACACCUUCUAUGUCCUUGAAUUCUGAGGCAUAAAACAAGGAAUAUGGAAGCAACAGAACAAAAAGUUCAACUUCAACAACGGUAUUGGGUAACAAAAGAUAGUAAAGCCAAGCUGCUGCAAGUGGGUGCCAAGUGUGUGGAUACUGUUCCUCACAAAGAGCACUAUUAUGAUACUGCUUUAGAUGAGCUAGCAAUGGCUCAAGUGUGGCUAUGUCAAAGAAAUCAGCAAUGGUGCCUCAUAGCAGGGCCUCAGGAUCAAGUUACUAGAGAAAAUACUGGUACCUGUGAAUCAGUUUCUGAUACGAAUGAACUUUUAUACCAGAGCAGAGCAGAGGUCCAAAACUCCAAAUCCACUCUCUACAAGAACUCAAAAGAAAAGAAACCAACACCAUUAGAAUGUCUUGACAGUCAAAACAAUCAGCACCAUGAUUUGAAUAAAACACAAAAGUAUGUAGAACCUACAUAUACUGAAUUAUUGGGAGAGCAGGAGAUAAUGAUGUAUUUGACAAACUUUCUUCGCAUUGACCUGACAAUUGAGGAAAAAAGAAACAUGGCCAUGGAAGACUUUUUGAGGCGGGCUGGUAUUGAUCAUUAUGCAAGCAACCUUACUGCCUAUCAGUCUACAUACAAGCUGUGUGACCGGUACACCGUUAUAAUACAAAGGGAGGACAGCUCUUUGAAGGAAUCUGCAGUUGUACUGUUAGAUGUGGAUAUUUCAAGCAUAUGCAAAGGUUUUGAAGAAAUUGAGACUUUAGCAAAUUACCUGGGAUUUGAACAUCAAGCAAUUCAAAGAGAACAAGAGUUGUCACAUAGAGAGAUUGAGCAAACAAUAUAAGAAUUAAUGUUUUUAUUUAUGGACUGAUUUUUGAGGAAUUAAGGGCACAUCUGCCUUUACUUCAAUAAAUUUUAAAUGAAUGUCAACCCAGCCCUGCCCUGAGGGAACUAUACUGUCUCCCUAUCUGCUACCAGGGCCAAUUCAAGGUGGUGGUACUGACAUACUAGG